GUCUGUUCCUGCUGUGUCAGCAGCUUUGUUUCUCACACUGAAGCUCGUAUCAGUCACCGGACAAACCGUCUCUCAUCCUCCGUCUUCCUUUUCUCCCGGCCCCACAGACCAGGAUGCUGGAGCACAUUCCCAGUCUGAUGAACGGCAUCAAGAUGAUCCACGUGGUGUCCCAGUACUACACCACCUCAGAGAGGAUGAGCUCACUGCUGCUCAAGGUCACCAACCAGAUGAUCAGCACCUGCAGGAGCUACCUGCUGCAGGGCGUGAGGCGUGUCUGGGAGCACAGCAGGCCGGUGCUGCUGCAGCAAAUCUCUGACUACUGUAAUCUGAAUGCGGCGUAUCAGCGAAGCUUCCACAGCGUCAGAGACAAACUGAGAGGAAACCCUGAGAACAGACAGUUUGACUUCAGUGAGAACUACAUCUUCGGGAAGUUUGACUCGCCGUCUGGAGAAGAUGGCCGACAUGGCGUCCACGCUGGAGAGCCUGGCUGCUCUGCAGAGCAUGAAGGUGGAGGGCGUGGAGAAGAUCUGUGUUCGCUACCAGACCAUCGUCUCCACAACUGAAUCCAAGACCUGUGACGUCCUGGAUCACCGCAAACUGGAGAAAAGCUGGUGCUCAGAGGAAGAGGGCG